UCCUCUCACACCACCUCAGUGCUACAGACUCCCUCUGUGAUCAUGUCCGUCAGAGGCUUGAAGACCACCACCUUCUCCACCGUGUCCUCCGCCAGGGGCCCAUCCCAGGGCUUCAGCAGCCGCUCCUUCUCCGGCUACGGUGGCCAGAGUGUGGGCAGUGGAAGGCAGAGCUACGGUGUCCGCAGCUCCUAUGGGGGAGUGGGCAGCUGUGGUGCUGCUGUGGGUGCUGGGGGGUAUAAAGUGGCCGGUGGGUAUAUUGCUGGGGGGUCAGGACAAAGAGGAGGUGGAGUAGAGUUUGGCUAUGUGGGCUACGGUGGAGGUAUGGGAGGUGGCAUGGCCAAUGAAAUGGUAUCCCCUAUCACAGCAGUGACCGUGAACAAGAGCCUGCUGGCCCCCCUGAACCUGGAGAUUGACCCCAACAUCCAGGCGGUCCGCACCCAGGAGAAGGAGCAGAUCAAGACCCUCAACAACCGGUUUGCUUCCUUUAUUGACAAGGUUCGCUUCCUAGAACAGCAGAACAAAAUGCUUGAGACAAAGUGGAAACUUGUGCAGGAACAGACCACGUCUCGCUCUAACGUCGACUCCAUGUUCGAAGCCUACAUUGCCAACUUGCGUAGACAGCUGGACAGCUUGGGUCAUGAAAAAGUCAAACUUGAGUCUGACCUGCAUAACAUGACAGGUGUGGUUGAGGACUUCAAAAACAAAUAUGAGGAUGAGAUCAACAACCGCAAUGAGUGUGAGAACAACUUUGUUCUCAUAAAGAAGGACACUGACGCGGCCUUUAUGGUCAAAGUGGAGCUUGAAGCCAAACUGAAUGGGCUCUCUGAUGAGAUUGAGUUCCUGAGGCAGAUCUAUGACACUGAAAUCAGCGAGCUGCAGGGUCAGAUCAAGGACACAUCUGUUGUGGUGGAGAUGGACAACAGCCGUGACCUUGACAUGGACGCCAUCGUCGCUGAAGUGCGUGCCCAGUAUGAAGACAUUGCCAACCGUAGCAGAGCCGAAGCUGAGUCAUGGUAUCAGUCUAAGUAUGCAGAGAUGCAGCAGUCAGCAGGUAGCUAUGGUGACGACCUAAAGUCCACCAAGGCUGAGAUGGCUGACAUGAACCGCAGGAUAAUGAGGCUCCAGUCUGAAAUUGACAUGGUUAAAGCACAGCGAAACAGUUUGGAAGCUCAAAUCGCAGAGGCUGAGGAGCGUGGUGAGCUGGCAGUAAAGGACGCUAAACUCCGCAUCAGAGACCUGGAGGAAGCGCUCCUGAGAGCCAAGCAGGACAUGGCCCUUCAAGUCCGCCAGUACCAGGAACUGAUGAACGUGAAGCUGGCUCUGGACAUUGAGAUCGCCACCUACAGGAAGCUGCUGGAAGGAGAGGAGUACAGGUUAUCAACUGGAAUCAAGACCAAUAUAUCCAAGCAGACAUCUAUGAACUACAAUGCCUACGGCCUAGAGAGCUCCCGAACCCCGUCCUACGCCAGCUGCUCUUUCGGUGGAAUCAAAGCCAGCACCGGUUCAUUCGCUCCCCUCGAGGGAGCAACAGUAAAGAGCACCACAGUCACCAAGACAGAAACGGUGAUGAUCAAGGCCGAGGAGAAGAAGGAGGAGAAGGAGGAGCAGCAGCAGGUAGAAACGGAGGAGCCAGCUGCCGUGGAGAAGAAGGAGGAAGAGCAGGAGCAGGUGGAGGCUGAAGCUGAAGCUGAAGCUGUGGCUGAGGAGUGAUGUGUUUGUUCCUGUUUUUGUCAGAUUCAUGAUUGAUGAUAUUGGUCUUGAAAAGGAAGAAAAAGCACACCGUCUCUGCUUUAUUAUCCAGUUCUUUAAUGAUUUUGUCACCAAAGUGCCUUUACCAAAUACUGUUUCUGCUGUAAGAGGUGUAAACAAAGUUUCCCCGUCAGAUAUCCUUAAUGAAGAGGUGCUAAUGGAUGAGUCUUUGUUCAGGUUUCUGAAAACUCUUAAUAAAUUGUCAACUGCAGUACGUGUCAGUGCCUGUGGUUCAGUGAUCAAUGCACCACACUUGUUUAGCCAACAGGUGGCACUGUUGUAUUUGUUUUCCUCUGCUGCUCUUGAGGUUUGAGUAACUUAAAACACUGCUGUCACAUCAAGUAUACUGCUGAUAGGAGUCAUUUGGGGAAAACAAAAAACAUUGCCACGCUGAACUCCUUAUGCUAAACCUGCUGUACUUACAUUGUUUAGUAGGAUGGAAAUCUGUCACAAACGUCUACCAUCUUCUGCUUCGAAAGACCUUUUUCUGUGUGUUACUGUUGGCAAUACCUGGAGUCUUGUCUGUUUGCUCGACAAUAAAUCUUCUUAAAACACUA